UCAUCUGGUCGAUUUCAUUCUGAUUCGCAAAGGGGCUCGCGGUGGAUGCGGCCUUUGUUUUCCUGAUAAACUCUGUUGCAUUGAUCUCUGGACAGGGUCUCGACAAUAGUGGAGGGGAACCAGGAGGCCACCACCAUCGGAUACAUCAUCCAUCAUGUACAUGUGCUUCCGAGUGCUAUCAGGCAGACAAGAUUCAGUGUGCAUUAAUCCGAGAGUCUGACCACGUUAAAGCGGCCUUUUUGAGGAUACGAGAUUUUUUUUUGUCCCCAAUUAUCGAUUGAUUGAUUUCGAGUAAGCAAAGAGAGUAGGUGAACAUGGUAUAUGGGGGGAAACCGAGCACAGGAUGCUACUUGUGUCGCAAACGGAAGAUCAAGUGCGAUGAAGCGCUCCCCCAAUGUCGGAAUUGCAUUGUGUAUGGCAAACCCUGUCCGGGGUACCGCCCAGAUGCGAUAUUUCGAAAUGAAACGCAAAAGGUGGAACGAAUGGUGAAGAGGAUCAACAAUUCCCCUGAAAAUCAAUCUCAAUCAUCGCGCCACAGUUCGCGGGAGUUGUCUCCCCGCAGUCAUGCUAGCAGCAGCAGCAGUAGUAGCAGCGGCGGCAGUUCUAGCCAAGGUUCGCCGCUGACGCUCUACCGUGUUGCGGAUUCCACGUGGGAUGAGCGCGCCAUUUGCUAUUUUUUCGACCAGUACACGACCUAUGGCGAGUCAGAUGACUGCGUGACACAUCUGGGGUUCUUGCCUUCAUUGUACAGUCUCUGUAAAGAGACUACUGGGAACGAUGGGCCUGCGUCCUGGUGUUUACGACAGGCGGUUGAUGCAACGGCCUUCCUCGCCCUUGGGAAUGAGGUUAAAUCGCCAGCGAUGACUGUCAAGGCAAGGAGUAGCUAUGGGAUGGCACUCCGAGGAGUCCGACAGGCGUUGCAAUCUCGGUCUCAGGCGGUUAAAGAUGAGACUUUUACAGCGGUGGUUCUGCUUUCUUUAUUUGAAGACAUCACCGGGGAGCGUAACGGGAUUCUCAGCUCCCAUACCGAAGGGUUUCAGUUUCUGAUGAAGCUGAGAGGUCAAGAACAGCUGGAACAUAGGCGGGGUCGGGACUUGUUCAACUUUGCUUAUACACACACUCAUAUUGAAAUUCUGGCUAUGGGAGAUAAACCUCGAUUCAAUACCGAGUGGAUUCUGAGUAUGCUGAACGAUUCAGACCCGGAGCAUCGAUUGAUGGUGACUUCAUCAAAGAUCAGUGACCUUCUCAUCGAGGCAGCUGCAGCUGCACGGUCAACGCAAUUCGACUUUGGCACCCUAGGCAAAAUAUCCGGAUGGAUCGAAUCCGGUAAGCUCCUAGAUAGAGAGCUGGUGGAAUGGAGUCGCAACCUGCCGGAAAACUGGCUACCUUUCGUCGUCUACUCGCAAACAGGCGAGACCUUGAUCACCUAUACAAGGAUAUCUAUCGGGGCGAUCUGGAACUACUAUCGCGCAUUACGGAUUGUUCUCCAGAAGCUGAUCCUCGUAAUCCGCCGAAUCCUAAAGUCUGUUUCUCGACUGUUUAGAUUUUGGUGUGGCGAUACUUCGCAAGAAGAUGCCACGAUGCGGGGGGUGGUUCAGGAGAUGAUCACAGAUGUCUGUCGGAGUAUUCCUUUCUCUUUAGGCGACAUUGAUGCCUUUGGGAACCCGGUCAGAUCGCUAGAUGGAAGGCCUCGCAGAAUGAGGGCUUUCCACGGAUACACUCUGCUGUGGCCUCUAUGGUAUGUUUUAAUAUGCGGCAUGGCAACACCUGAACAAAUCCAACAGGUUCGAAAAGUCCUCGAUCAUGUUGGCUCUGUCCAAGGAAUUAAAUUGGCCUCGCUACUUGCGAGCGAAGGUGAUAAUCCCUUUACGCUUGCUGGGUCAUUGCCGAUGGACCUUUCUACGAUGUAACUACUUUGGGGGGAAAUUGGGAUUACUGGCGCACAUUUUGACACUUUCUUUACGAUUAUAUAUUACUUUCUUUUGAUGUAUAUGAAUACUAUCUAAUAAUUGAACAUGAUCUCUGCCAUCAAAACCGGUAGUGAGCGGAAGUAGUGACGU